UGAAUGGUGCUCCUAAAGGAAGUGGCGCAUGUGAAGCAGAGAAGAGGCAGGGGCCAGACUGGGGAGACCUUGUCGGCCAGGCUGAGGAACUGGCAUUUUAUUCUGGUGGUUUUGAGGCAGAGGGAAGAGCUGAUCUGACUUGUGUGUGCCUAGAAGAUGACUCUCAUGGCCCUGUGGAGGCUGGAUCGUAAGAGAGCAAGAUCCGAGGGAGGAAGAGCAGCAGGUCACAGCAACAGCCCAGCAGGCAUUGUGACCCACUCUACCACCUCUGACAUCAGGCCCAGUCACUCAAUUCCGGAAGGGGUUCAUGGAAGAGUUGCAGUUGGUCAGGAUGCUCGGUUCCCAAGUCUCACCUCGCCAGUACUGAGAACUCCUUCCAGUGAGCCGGACGAACCUCACCAGGCGCGGAGUGGCCCAAACCCUCCUGGCAUGGAGAGCAUGGGAAUGGUGUACAGUGUCCCCAGUUCUUGCAAUGGACCUACAGAAUCAACCUUCUCCACUUCCUGGAAGGGAGAUGCUUUUACCUACAUGACUCCAAGUGCCACCAGCCAGAGCAAUCAAGUCAAUGAAAAUGGGAAAAAUCCUUCCUGUGGGAAUUCUUGGGUCUCUCUAAACAAAGUCCCACCUCUGGUUCCUAAGGAGGCUGCUACCCUCCUUGUUGCUCGUGAUAACCCAGCAGGAUGCAGUGGGUCAGCUGGCUACCCUGAGCACCUUAUUCAGCGAAGGCACAUGCCCGAAAGACCCUCCAAGAUUGGCCUUCUGACCAGUGGGACCACGAGGCUGGAGACAGGCCCCGGCGGGGCCAGCAGAUUCCGGGAGCGGUCACUGUCUGUGCCCACAGACUCAGGCACCACAGAUGUGGACUAUGAUGAGGAGCAGAAGGCCAAUGAGGCCUGUGCCCUGCCUUUUGCCAGUACAAGCUCUGAGGGCAGUAACAGUGCUGACAACAUCGCCUCCCUUAGUGCCCAGCAAGAGGCCCAGCACAGAAGGCAGAGGUCCAAGAGUAUCUCACUUAGGAAGGCCAAAAAAAAGCCUUCCCCACCCACACGCAGUGUCUCACUGGUCAAAGAUGAGCCAGGCCUCUUGCCUGAAGGUGGGUCAGCACUACCCAAGGACCAGAGGCCCAAGAGCCUUUGCCUCUCCUUGGAACACCAAGGACAUCACUCGUCCCACCCAGAUGCUCAGGGUCACCCAGCUGUUCCAAACCACAAAGAUCCAGAAGGUACACAAUUCUCCCACCACUGGUAUCUUACUGACUGGAAGUCUGGUGACACCUACCAAUCCCUGUCCAGCUCCAGCACUGCCACUGGCACCACAGUCAUUGAGUGCACCCAAGUUCAGGGCAGCUCAGAGUCUCUUGCCUCGCCUUCCACCUCCAGAGCCACUACACCUUCCCAACUCUCCAUUGAAGUGGAGGCCAGGGAGAUAUCCUCCCCGGGAAGGCCCCCUGGACUGAUGUCACCCUCCAGUGGCUACUCCAGCCAGUCGGAGACACCAACACCUACUGUUUCCAUGUCCCUGACCCCGGGCCACUUACCCCCUCCAAGCAGCAGUGUCCGGGUACGUCCAGUGGUACCUGAGAGGAAGUCAUCACUACCCCCGACGUCACCAAUGGAGAAAUUUCCCAAGUCACGGCUAUCAUUUGACCUACCACUGACCUCUUCACCCAACCUGGAUCUGUCUGGGAUGAGUAUCUCCAUCCGAAGCAAAACCAAGGUGAGUCGGCACCACUCAGAGACAAAUUUUGGUGUCAAGCUGGCCCAAAAAACUAAUCCCAACCAGCCAAUCAUGCCUAUGGUUACUCAGUCCGACCUACGUUCUGUUCGCCUGAGGUCGGUCAGCAAGUCUGAGCCGGAAGAUGACAUUGAGAGCCCUGACUGUGCCGAGGAAUCCAGAGCAGAAGAAGUCUUCACCUUGCCAGAGAGAAAGACAAAACCUCCCGUAGCUGAGAAGCCUCCGGUGGCCCGGAGGCCUCCAAGCUUGGUCCACAAGCCACCAUCUGUUCCCGAGGAGUAUGCGCUAACUUCACCAACCUUGGCUAUGCCCCCCAGGAGCUCAAUUCAACAUGUGAGACCACUCCCUCAAGACAGCUACACGGUAGUGCGGAAACCAAAGUCCUCCAGCUUCCCAGAUGGCAGAAGCCCAGGGGAGUCAACAGCACCCUCAUCUCUUGUUUUCACGCCUUUUGCCAGUUCCUCUGGUGCUUUCUUCUCAGGAACACAGCAGCCUCCCCAGGGAAGUGUGGAGGACGAGGGCCCCAAGAUGAGGGCCCUGCCUGAAAGAAUUAGCCUCCAGAGCCAGGAAGAAGCUGAGAAAAAGAAAGGCAAGAUUCCACCUCCCGUACCAAAAAAACCCAGCAUGCUGUACCUGCCUCUCACUUCUCCCAUAGCUCAAAUGGAGGCCUAUGUGGCAGAACCAAGGCUGCCUCUCAGCCCCAUCAUCACCCUGGAGGAAGACGCCAAGUGUCCCCCCACCAGCGAUGACCUGCAAUCACUUGGUCAAAGGGUGACUUCAACUCCUCAGGCUGACAGUGAAAGGGAGGCAAGCCCUCUGGGGAGUUCUGUGGAACCAGGCACCGAAGAAAAAAGUUUAAUCAGUGAUAAAACAGCCGAAUGGAUUGUGGAGGAUGAUGAUGACGUGUUUGUGGCUUCACGCACAACUGAAGAUUUAUUUACUGUGAUACACAGGUCCAAAAGGAAGCUGCUCGGCUGGAAGGAACCUGGUGAGGCCUUUGUGGGUGGCAGAACAAGUUCCCACUCACCAAUAAAGAACACAGCUGAGUCUCCAAUCAGUGAGUCUACCGCCACCACAGGGUCAGGCAGCAGUGCCAACCUAGAUGCUGGCAGAAAUGACGAUUUCAAGGCCUUGCUACAGAAGAAGGGAAGUAAGGCAACUCCAAGGUCUCGUCCCUCAGCAGCUGAACUGCUGAAGACCACUAACCCACUGGCUCGGAGAAUUAUUGCACAAUUUUCAAAAGACUAUGAAACCACCGAUAACCCCAGUACCUAAGCCCUGGGCUCAACAAGCAGGAUUUACUUACUAAACUUGAGUAGAGAAGAGGGAAGAGAAAGGGUCUUUAAACAGAACCAUGGGAAUAACAACAGAGCCUACAUUUCCUUUACAUUAACUCACAUUCUGGACAGCAGGAGAGAGGCUACUUCAUCUAGAGCUAAAAUCAUCUGGCACUUAAUCAUCUUCAGACAUUUUUAUGUUUUCAUACUUAUAAGCUUGUCAUGACUGACUACCGAGUUUCUUCUUAUUUUCCCCCAGUGGUGUGCACUAACUAAGAAGAAAUUUUCAGAUGCCAGGGCACAUGUGCCACUUUUUCAAUUCAAUAACCCGGCUGCUCCAUCCCUGGCUCCUGUCACUGAGGAGUGCAGUGUGAGAGCAGAUUGGAGGCUGCCAAACCUGGGGGGCAUAGGAUGCCAUUGCUCAUUAUUCACUUUCCUAGGGAGGCUCUGAUGGCCCUGUGUGCAAACAUAGAAAGACUCUGAUGCCUCCUCAACCACAGUUUAGCUUUCCCCUGCACUUGUGAGAGGUUUGCAGGGUGCACUUAUUUCGGCAUGGGGUUGAUUGGAUGGCUUUUGUGGUGCAGAAUAUGACUGUGACUCCAUCCUGAAACUUAAUGCCUUUUUCAGUUUGAUUGUCUACCGGAGAUCAGGGUGAUAAGUUUCAAUAAACAUAUAGACAUCCCCCACCCCCCUCGCAACUCCCAUUAGCUAGAAAAGACCAGGACUGGGUUGCUUCGAAUGAACCAAGUUUGACCAACAAACAAGACAGCCAUUUGUUCACUCAGAUCUAGCCGAGGUAACUCACAAGUGCACCUUGAGAUCCUCCAUGUGUCUGUCAACAGCGAUAGCCAGGAUCUGUGCCCAGCUCAUGCUGCAUUCUAAGAACUCUCAUUUCAUUUGUAUAUAACAUUCAUUACAGGAAGUAAUUAACUGAAGGAACAGCGUCAUCAAAGGCUCAAGGAGAAUAGAAAGUAAGUGCAUCUUGCCCCCCACCAGUCAAUUCAGGUCAUGGUUUGUGGUGGUUUGGUUUUGUUUAAAGGAAGUCCGACUCUGUUCCAAAAACCAAGAACAUAUAAACUAAAAGGAUCUAUCCAAAAUCUAAAAGGCAGUCUUGCCAGUUGCUAUGGCCCAUAAUGCACACACACCACACACAUACACACAAAAGGGCUACUUUUUGCCAUUUAGGUUCUGUGUUUGACCAGCUUUCAAUUAACCUUGCUGGGGGAGAGCAUAAGAACCUGGGUAAAUAGCAUACUGAAAGAGCUUCAGAAUAAUCAUUGCGACCCCUCCCUGCCCCCACCCCCCACGAAGCUUAUAGGCACUAACUAUUCUUGUCAGCUCAAUUUUCUAAGCAGAGCAAGAGCAGUGAUUCAUUUGAUUUUUGUAUGCCUGAUUUCUGGGAGGUUUGGGAGGAAGACAAAGCAUUGAGCAAAGAAAACCUGCUGACCAAUGAUGGAAAGUUAAUUGUCUACUGUCUUCAAGAGGCAAAAAGAACAGUCAAAUGAAAUUGUAGCCUGCUUCACAAAGACAGUUCCCCAGCCCCUUCCUACUUCACUCCCCACCCAAUAGAUUCAAUGGUCAACCUCCUGGAGGAUGCAAUAAGAGUUCCAGAGACAAGCAGUUCUCAACUUUGAUAGGUUGUAUUGCCCAAUGAGAAGCCACCUCUUAGCUCAACUGCCCACACUCCAGAUGGACAGAGCAGCUGAAAAACCACACUAAGUACUGAGAAAACUUGGGCCUCUCACAAGAGAAGCCCUAGGCCUAGGCCCUUUGUUGUUAUAGUUCUGAAUCUGAGACUUCUGGAAACAGGCCAGGCCCACCAACUCCCUUGCAACCAGCACUUUGACACUUAAAAUAAUAAACAGCAAGGCCCAGUUGCUUUUGAAAGUACUAGAACUACUUGGUGUGAAGGUCUUAACCAAAUUCGAAAUUUCAGGGAUUUUGCCUGAAAUAAAAUCAAUUCAUCCCUGGCCUCAGUUUAUAUAUGAAUGCCACCUUUGUCUGCUCCAGACUUAGAAUUCCAAAAAACAAACAUUUUCCUCUGUAGUAACUGAAGGAGCGUUUGUGCUUUUGCUUAGCAAAAGUGAAAGGACACCAGGGUCUUCUCCUUGGGAACCAUUAUGACUGGUUGAACGUUAAAGCUGAGUAUGGGACUCACAUAGUAUAGGCCUUGUUACUUCUGUUGACUUUCCUGGAAGUUUCUUGUUUACUAUUUCUAAUGGGUUUUGCCUCUCCCCUCACCUUGCUACCUCUGGAGGUUUUCCCAAAAGAUUCUGAAGCUGAAUGCUCAGACACCUUUAUGCUUGUCAAUUACCUUUAGUCUUGCUUUCCUCUACAAUACUCUAUAUGCCUGGAAUUCUUAGGAUAUCUUCUAGAUCAUCACUGUGGCCCACCCAGUGGUGUUCCCAUUAGCACAAGAGGAUUUGGGGCAGAAAUCAUAUGGUCAGAGAGGACAUUUAAGACUGGAAGUAUUCAUUUAAUUUUUCAAAUUAAUUUUUUGUAAAGAUGGGAGUCUUGCUAUGUUGCCCAUGCUGGUCUUGAACUCCUGGGCUCAAGCGAUCCUCUUGCCUUGGCCUCCCAAAGUGCUGGGAUUAAAGGGGUAAGCCACCGCGCCUGGCCUCGUUUAAUAUUUUGCAACAGGUAAACAUAGUCCCAAAUAAACAACCAAACUGUAAAACUUCUACUAAUAACUAAUUAACAGAACACCAAGCAUCUUCCCCACUCCUAACACUCAACCUCUCUCCUACCUUUGAUUAUCAUAACACCACUCUCUCUCCCACCCAGGCAUUUACCACAAUGUUUGUUGCCUUCUGCACUUGCUCUGCUGAGACUGGAGAAGAGAGGCUGAAAGCCCCUCUCAGAAAGGCUUACAGAGAACCCAGCACUACUUCGAUUACUAGUACAAAUAAUAAUGAUAAUGAUUUUUGAAGGUGGAAUAGAGAAGAGAUUUGAGUGAAAUGAAGUUGGCCCUAGGAGGUCAGCUUCCAUUUCAAGUUGUCCCUAUCCUCUUUUUUCCUCCCCAUUCCAAUCAGUAGCAACAGAUGGCUCUGCUAGCCUGACUUUGAUCUAGUCACCAUCCCCAGGGGAGGAGGUUAAUUGUUAACCAAGGAUGCUUUGCAUUUGGUGGGUAGUCAGUACAUGUUUUUGAGGAUAGUUAUUAAUAGUACAAUAGCAAGCUUUGCUUAUCUCCUCUCCUUAUCCUGCACUACUUGGCCUGCCUCAGCUCCUGACUGGGCCUCCCGCACCGGCCCCAACUUAUCCCUCAGUCCCAAAUCCCAUGAACUGCAUCCCUAGCACAACAACUCACCCAUAAAGGAAGCGAGACAACAGGAAGCAAAAUAAAAAAUUUUAGCUUAAUGAACACAAACUGACCAGUUGAUCUGGAUAAAUUACCUUGAAUGUGCAGACAGAGGAGAUCCUACCAGGUUCUCCUAACGAGCAUUGCACCUGACAUCCAGUGUAACUAUCUGGACAACACAGACCCGAUUGCAGUCUCUCUGUACCUGUCAGUCUAAGCAGAUCUGUCCAUGCACCUGCCCUCUUCCUCAUCAAUGAACAAGUCAGGAAAAAGAUGAGUUCACGCUCAGUGCUCUGUUCCUCACUUGUUCUGCCUUUCAUUAUCAAGUCUGUGACACAAUGGUGAGCUUUCGCUUUAAUAUGAUUUGCUAGGGCCAGGACUAGGGUGAGGUGAGCGAGGCGCCUAGGGCGCAAAAUUCAAAGAGGUGCCCACUCUCAGGGCCAUGCAAGUGCCUUACCCUCGUCCCAGCCCUGUGAUUUGCACUCUUUAAAGUAAUAUCAGUUUAUCUUCUUCCUAUGAACAAGUAUAGUCCUUCUGAUUUGGGGUGGGGGGUUAACUCCCUGUCUCUUGUUGCACCAAAUAUUUUAUUGCUACCUAUUUUUCCAUUGCUGUAAGUCUUUGUGUGCCUAUACAUUAAAGAAUCUUUAGUAGUGUUAAUAUCGGAAAACAUAGUUGAUUUCUAAGUAAUAUGCUCCAGGUGGCAAUUUAACACCCAUUUCAGCAGGGAUGCUCCCAGGGCCAGCCCUUCAACAAAAGAGUGACUGAGUUGGAGGUCUGUCACCAGGAUCCUCCCUCUCCUCUUUCUGCUCCAUUCUCCCAAACCUCGCUUCCCAGCACCAACUCUCCUCAGUGCCUCCUACUUCCUUCUCCUCCUCUCUAAGAAAAACAUGCUCUCAGGAAAGGGAUACAUUCAUUUACUUUGAGAUUAUAAGGCUUAAUGCUACCUCUUUUGAGGGUCAGUUGCAUUUUAACAAGGGAAAAGCCUUAAGCCAAAGGAAUGAAGUUCUACUUGCAGAAUGUUAGGCAUCAACUAGUUGUAGAAGUGUAUUUUUCACCAUGGAAAGGCCAAAUUCCCUGAUGCCUAACUCCAGAAUAUAGAAAAUAUCUUAAUUGCCUGGAAUCAUUUGAGUUACUAGCGGAUGGUCAAUUAAAUUGUCCUGAUACCCAAUGCUAUUCAAUAUGGUUACUACCAAGGGACUCUCAGAAAUGGCUACUAAAAGCCACUGAGAAGGUCUAGAUCAUUCAUAUUGUACAUUGACAUUUUUACAUAAAUGGAAUUAAUACUACUUACCAUUUGAGUAAAGAACACAAGGAUUUAAAGAGUCUGUGAAAAUAUGUCCUGUUUGUGAAAGGUGAAACUGUCCAAUCCAUGUCCUGUCAAUGUCAGUUGUCCAGUAUUGGUGGUGAUUAUUAAUCUUAUUGGAGGUACAACUUUACCUCCAAUAAGCUUACCUUUACAAGCUUCUGCUUUCCCUGCUUCAUCUCUGUUAUGGGCUAUCAGUCCAGCUUGGUGUGAAAAUGAGACUAUAUCUAUACCAGAGCCCCCAAUCCCCUCAAAGCCUUUGCAUGUAUUUCAGCUACAAGUGACAAGGAUAUUAGGGAUUUAAAAGGACAAGAGAGUGGGAAAGAGGUAUAAGGAAGUGCCUUUGUCAAAAUGCAGCAAAAAGUAUAAUGAUAUAAACAUAAUAUGAAAUAAGCAAAGUUUUAGAAUACUUUGAAACAGAUUUACAGAGGAAUACAUAGUAAAUAGUUAUAGACACACAUUUGGGGCGUUUUUAAUAAGAUUAGCAAGAAGACAUUUGCAUGAGUAAUGAGCAAUGUGAAACGGGCAUUAUACUUUUGUUCAGUAAAGCCCAAAAUCUAGGCCAAUGGUUCUCAAAGUGCAGUUCCAGGAGCAGCAGCAGCAGCAUCCCUGGAGAGAGAGAGAGAGAGAGAGAGAGAGAGAGAGAGAGAGAGUGUGUGUGUGUGUGUGUGCACAUUCCAGUGAUGUUACUCCUUCAAGCCCCUGAAUCACUAUAGCCACCACUCUCCAACUGAUUCCAACCUUUACCAUGAUUUUGGCUCUCAUCAUAAUGACCAGUCUCUGGCCAAGAGGUGUAUAUUGUUAUUUUGGUCAGGCAUAUGUUUGUUUGGUUUUAAGAAAUUAUCAGAUUGAGAAGUCUCAUGUUUUAUGGGACUCCGGUGCAUAUGCUCAAAAAAGAAUAAAAGAUAACUUAUCAUAUUGGAUCAACAAAUUGCUCAACUUACAAAAUCUUUGAUUUGACUUAGCCAGCACAUCUGGCCUGCUUUGGGUUUAAAAAAAAAAAGAUUUUUUAAACUCACAAAUGGAAAAAAAAGGGAAAGGUGUUAGGUUUGUUUGGUAUUACCAGCUCUUAAAUACCUGUCUUCACCAUGGUGGCUGUUCUCCAGUAAGGCUCUGGCAGAAGUAGAUUUGAUUUUAAGAUUUUUGCCUAAAUAGUGGAAUUUGAUAGCAACGAACUCCAAAACAAAAUCUGAACUGGAACAACUAGUUAACCCCUCUCAGCCUCUUUGUAAUGCCAAGCUUUAUAGACAUUUAUUCCUUAGGUGGUCUUGAGCUUUUUCUAACAUCCAAUUUUAUAAAAUGUUAUGCAUGCAAACGCAGCAUUGUGCUCAUUGUACAAGUCACCUCAAAUUCAUUCCUUCCCCCAUGUGUAUCAUGGCGAAGAAAUAUCAAUAUAUGUGUGUUCUGAGGUCUUCUGAUGAAUUGUCAAUUACAAACCUUUUCAUUCAUUUUUAAAUGAGAUAUAUUUACCCCGGCUAGUGGUUAAAAUUUUAUUCUUUUUAUUAUAUUUCAUUGCUACUUUUUUCUACUGACUCCAAAGCUUACUUUGGGGAAUACUUCUUAUUUCUAGAUUGUUGUAUUUAUCUUAUUUCUAUAUUUAUCUGCAGUCUUGGAAUGUUAGAGCUGAAAGGGACCAACCUCUCUCAUUUCACUCAUGAGGAAGCUGAGGCCCAGAAAGGUCAAAUAACUUAUAUACAAGGUCACACAGUGAGUCAGCGGUGGGGCCCAGCCUCAAUUCCAGGUCUCCUGACCUUGGGUCUAGUGUGGUUUCAUUUAAAGCACUACAAUUUAUAGAAGACCCACAGCUGGCUUCUACUUUUAUGACACAUGAAUUUCCCAGGUAUUACAAUGAACUAAUAUAUGUGCUUUAAGGGAAAGUAUUCAAGAGUUCUUUAAUUCAUUAAUCCAAAGACAAAUUGGAUUUUCAGGUUAGAAACAUUAGUUUCCCUCCAAAUUCGAUAUGUGUACCCUACUUAGUACAAUGGAUGUUUUCCCUAAAAGUUGUGUGAAAAAUGAAUUUUUUAUAUAUCAAGAAUCAUUUUUUCAUAGGUAAACUUCCUAUAUAAGGGAACCUUCUGGUGACUUCUUUUUGAAAAACUGAGAUUCCUCUUGUCAUUUUCCCGUAGUGUCUCUACUUUUUUUAGUGCAAACUUUUGUAUUUGGUAUUUAUUUAAAAGUAGGGUACAACCCAACCAAUAUUAGCUUUCCCAGAAUCUACUUUAGCCUUCCCUUCUUUUUUUUUUUUUUUUUUUCUUUUUUUUUGAGACGGAGUCUUGCUCAGUCACCCAGGCUGGAGUGCAGUGGCGCGAUCUCGGCUCACUGCAAG